CAGAGCCGGCCCAUGGGCAGCACGGGGACUCCGCCGCCGCCGCCGCCUCCCCGAGCGCCGUGGCGGCCGAUGCCUCAUCCUCCUCCUCGCCGCCACCUCUCCCCCCUGCAGCGCCCCUCGAGCGGCCCCAGGAAGAGCGGGACCGCGAGCAGGCCGGAGGCUCCGCUGCGGCGGCGGCGGUCGACCGGGAGGGCGAGGGGCUCGACCCCGCAGCUCCUUCUUCCCCGAGCUCCACGGGGAGCAUCUCCGAGAACGGCGACGCCGCGGCCUCCGAAGCCGGGCCGUUCGACUGCAGGCUGGCGUUCCAGCAGAUGCUACAGAAGCAGACGACCAUCAAGGAGGCGGGCGGGCCGUUGGCCGAGGGGGCGGGCAAGAAGAAGAGGCCGGAGGAGGCGCAGGUGAAAUCGUCGCACGCCAUAGCGGAGCUCUGGCACAAUCUUAUAAAGUUUUUUCAUGGAGAAUCACCAGGUUAUGUGCGCUAUUCACAACAUGUGAAUCACCAGACACAUCCCAUCACUGAAGUCACAAAGUAUUAUUUGGUUUCUGAUUUGGCUACGGGACAAGGAGUGGACCAUCUUGAUGCCUAUUCAGAAUUUAGACCGGUGACUGGAGAUGGGGAGUGUUUCUACAGGAGCUUCAUAUUUUCCUACCUGGAGCAAGUUCUUGAUAGGCAGGACACAAAUGAGGAACACCGUCUCCUUGAUGCUGUUAAAAGAGUGUCUGUGCAACAUGCAGAUCUUAGAUGGACCUCUGAAUUUCCCAGGAGCUACAGAGCAUUUAAGAAGCUGAUUAAGAAAGUAAAGAGAUGGAAGAGGCAUGGCAAGUGGAAGUGGAACAGCAUAGCAUCAACUAGCAGCUACCGCAAAGAGAAACUUCUUGAGUUCUUCAGAAGUUACGAUACGACGGAAGACAUUCUUACUUUCCUCAGAUUAGUAGUAGCUAUCUGGAUAUGCUCGCACGCGAAGCAGUAUGAGCCGCGUAUACCAGGGCUCGAUGGACGUUACAGUCUGAAAGAUUGGUGCUUUCAGCACGUCACUCCAUCUCGUCAGUACGCGGACCAUGUUAUGAUGACGGCCUUGGCCGAAGCGCUUGAGGUACCCCUUAGAGUGGAGCAACUCAAUGGAGGACCUGCUCAGGACAUCUACACUGUUCCUGGACCUGGAGUCCCCCUUGUGAGUGUGACCCUUCUGUACACGGGCAAUCACUACGACGUCCUCUACCCACGCGCUCCUCCUACCGAGAGUUCAAGUCAGCAGACUUCCUGAAGAAAUCAUCCUGCUGAUUAGAGUUGAAGUCAACAGAUUCUGCUGGAUGUUGCUGAGUUUUAGGUGGUAUAGUUAGACAAACUGGGUAGCCAUAGCAUACACUUAGUUGUGCAUUCUUCUUCUGUUGGCACAAACUGGAUGCUCCCUUGUCUGAAGAUUGACAAGGAAGAACUCGUGCUCUGCUUUGUCUGAAUUGUUGGCUGGUGUACUGUGAAUCUUCUGUGAUCAGGUCACAUUCCAACUUGUUAAUUCCGUCCAUCUUUAAAAGUUCUAAUCAUAUCCAUUCUUGAUAUCA